CUUUUCCGGGUCUCGAGGCUGCUGAAACCGAAAGCGCUGUGCUGUGGGCGCAGCGCCGAGAUUGAUUCACCUUCACCUGUGCUGCACUCCAGCUGACCCAAGUAGGAAGCCAGACGAGCUGUAAAACAUGAACGGAAGAGUGGAUUAUUUGGUCACUGAGGAAGAGAUCAAUCUUACCAGAGGGCCCUCAGGGCUGGGCUUCAACAUCGUCGGUGGGACAGAUCAGCAGUAUGUCUCCAACGACAGUGGCAUCUACGUCAGCCGCAUCAAAGAAAAUGGGGCUGCAGCCCUGGAUGGGCGGCUCCAGGAGGGUGAUAAGAUCCUUUCGGUAAAUGGCCAAGACCUAAAGAACCUGCUGCACCAGGAUGCUGUAGACCUCUUUCGUAAUGCAGGCUAUGCUGUGUCUCUGAGAGUGCAGCACAGGUUACAGGUGCAGAAUGGACCUAUAGGACAUCGAGGUGAAGGGGACCCAAGUGGUAUUCCCAUAUUUAUGGUGCUGGUGCCAGUGUUUGCCCUCACCAUGGUAGCAGCCUGGGCUUUCAUGAGAUACCGGCAACAACUUUGAAAAACUUGCUCUCUUUCAAUACUCCCAAUGAAGAUACAUUUCACUCACCCUCCACGCCUGCUAUUCUGCCAUGUCUUUCCCUCUCUCUGCGUAGCCAGAUUUGAAGUGACUGAUACCCACCCCAAACCUUGCUGUUCACAAUCUCCAAUUCUUCAUAUUCUAAUGGGAAAGUAAAGGUAUUGUUUGAAGGAAAACUGAAGAAAAGACUUGCUUAGAACAAAUGAGGAGUUAUAUAUUUUACUAGGACUUUCGAUAGAAAUUCAGCUACAACCCAAAGAGAGAAAGAUUAAGUCUUCCUGUCACCAUAGGCGAUACCUUUUUUCUUAGCUGGCAUGCCAUAAAGGCCAGCUAUGUGGUAUUAGAGGAAGAAAGGAUUUUCCUUUUUAAUGAUCUUCCUUGGGAAGUUAUUGUGGCCUUUAUUUAAUUUCUAACUACAUACCUGGGUGCCUAUAUCUGACAAAGGAGAGUGAGAAGAGCAUUUUUACUUUUUAAAAAAAGCAAAUAUAUACACAUACAUGUGCAAAUAUUAUAGUAUAAUAGUGAUACCUAUGGAGAAUUAAAGGUGAGAAAGCUACUUUAUGGUGUCUAGGUUUCUGAUAAAAGGGAUGAUCUUAACUGAAGAAUUUAAAGAGAUACUUACAGAGCAAAUGUAGUAGGAACAAGGGAGUGAGCCUUAUAAGAGGACGUUCAGUCUCAUUUAUUAAAAUAAUAACUGAGACUGGGAGAGGUGGCUCAUGCCUGUAAAUCCCAGCACUUUGGUAGCCUGAAGUGGGAGAUUGCUUGAGUCCAGGCAUUCGAGACCAGCCUGGGCAACAUAGCAAAACCUCAUCUCUAUUUAAAAAGAAAAAUAGAAAAAAAUGUAAUAACUGAAGCAACUAAUUAAAAAUCUUAGAAGAA